AUGGGCCCGACAUCGGUGUAUACUGGCAGCCAGACGGGCAGUGACUACGGUUUCGACACACCACAGAGUAUUCCGAACGGGAACGGGACUCAGAGUGCGGCCAACUAUCGAUCAACGCCAAACGGUCUGCCGAAUUCAGUGCAAGACUUCGCUGCUUUCACUGGCAUGGUGCCGUCUCCCCCCGUACAACGCCUUUCGGAUGGGCCGUCGCCGAUAGCUGGACACCACCAUCGCCUCAGCGUCAGUAGUAAUGAUCCAUUCGGCAGCAUGGCAAGGCCUACCAGCUUUCUCGGAUCAAAUACCACGAGCCCCACAGGCAGGAUCAAUGCAGCUGGCGAGGGCUCGGGCGAUACUGGCGAUGGGAUGCAGCAGACCACUGGGGAGGCUGGUAGAUUGGAGCAAGAGAACGGUGUGCCACCCGCGUGGAGUGAACUCAAGACAAAAGCUGGCAAAGAACGGAAACGAUUACCACUUGCAUGUAUAGCAUGCCGGCGCAAAAAGAUACGGUGCUCUGGCGAGAAGCCAGCGUGUAAGCACUGCCUUCGCUCACGAAUACCCUGCGUCUAUAAAGUCACCACUCGCAAAGCUGCGCCCCGAACGGACUACAUGGCAAUGCUAGACAAACGAUUAAAACGAAUGGAGGAUCGGGUCAUCAAGGUUAUACCGAAAGAAGAGCAAAGUGUCAUCAGCAGCACCGGACGUGCUGUGGUCAAGCCUCCGCUUCCACCGCCACCACCGAAAGCUGGCACUUCCAAGAAGCGAGUAGCCGAAGAAGCAUUUGGCAACGAACUAGAAGAAUGGGCCUCCGGUAAGCAAGAGCCCGUCGCAAAGAAGACCGAUGCACCAGAGCCACAUGCAAUCGAGAAGGAGCCCCUCGCCACCAAAGAGUCCGAAGAGCAGAACCUGCUACUGGAAGGCGCGGACAAGCUGCCUGCGAAAGAGAUACAGGAACACCUGGCUGAGGUCUUCUUCGACUAUGUCUAUGGGCAGAGCUACCACCUACUACACAAGCCCAGCUUCAUGCGCAAGCUGGCUCAAGGUACAGUUCCACCCGUGCUUAUGCUCGCUGUCUGCGCCAUAUCCGCACGCUUUUCAAAUCAUCCUGCAGUGAGGACUGAGCCGGCGUUCUUGCGUGGAGAAACAUGGGCUAGCGCGGCACGCGAUAUUGCGCUACGAAGAUACGACACGCCGAACAUCACAAUUUUGAUAUGUUAUCUCAUCCUUGGCCUACAUGAGUUUGGGACAUGCCAGGGAGGCCGAAGCUGGAUGUUUGGAGGGAUGGCACAGAGGAUGGCCUAUGCGCUACAGCUUCACAAGGAUCUCGAUCAUGACCCGAAGGAGCGAACACAGGAGAAGCACAAACUCACAUUCACCGACCGAGAAAUUAGACGGAGGACGAUGUGGUCGUGCUUCCUCAUGGAUCGCUUCAACUCCAGUGGUACCGACAGACCCAUCUUCGUCGGUGAGCAGUAUAUCCGAGCCCAACUACCCGUCAAAGAAAGCUUCUACCAGAUGGAGAUCAACGGGCCCACCGAAGAUCUGGAAGGCAACGUUCCGAAUCCGGUCCAGUCAGGCACCGGCCAGAUGGCGGACGCGAAAGACAAUAUGGGGGUGGCAGCUCACCUGGUCCGCUUGGUCUCGAUAUGGGGCAAACUCAUCGCUUAUCUCAACCUGGGUGGUAAAGAGCGAGACGAGCAUCCAAUGUGGGCCGAAGAAUCGAGAUUUCAAGGUCUUAAACGAGCCACGGCCGAGUGGAAAGACGCGUUACCAUCAUCUCUACAAUAUUCAAGCGAGAAUCUGCAAAUUCAUGCUUCUGAGAAGAUUGCAAAUCAGUUCAUCUUCCUGCACAUUGUGUACAAUCAGAUCUUGCUUUUCAUGAAUCGCUUUGCCUUACCUGUGCCGGGAUCACGACCGAUAUUGCCAAAGGAUAUGCCAGAGGACUUCACGGCUGAGGCUGCCAAAACAGCUCUGGAGGCCGCCAACCAAAUAUCUGCGUUGAUCCAUGAAGCAGGCGAUCAUCUGGUAGUGGCACCUUUUGCAGGUUAUACUGCAUUCUUCAGUAGCACUGUGCACAUCCACGGUGCCUUCUCCAAAAAUUCGGCUCUGGAGGCUUCGAGCAAACAGAAUUUGGCCUGGAACGUCAAGUAUCUGACCAAGAUGAAGAAGUACUGGGGCAUGUUUCACUUCGUGACCGAGAAUCUGCGAGAUCUGUACCGCCGUCAUGCAGAUGCUGCUCGAUCAGGCGGUAAGACUGGUAAAGAAGGUGAGCAAGCCAUCUUUCAGUAUGGCGACUGGUUCGAUCGAUAUCCGCAUGGCGUUAGCGGGACGGACUACGAAGAGCCAAGCGCAGAAGUGAAGAAGGAGCCAGGAUCCGACGCAGUCCUCGGCCAGAAGAGUGACCUGCAAACUGUGGAGGAGUUCUUCUCGAAGCUCAGUCCUCCAAGCAGAACCCAAGUGCCGCAGCAGCAGCCGACCAGAAAGGCGGCGAAGAAGCGGCACUCUACCUCGGCGGGAAGCAAGACUAACCAGCCUGUGACUAGCCGACCACAGCAGCCAGACCAAAACAAUAGCCACAUCGCCCAGCAGCAACCACAUCAGCAGCCGAUCAACCACGAUCUAGCAGCUACGCGAGCAUUCCAAAGUAACAUGGAUAACUUCACCCAACAACCUACAGCCUUCCCGCCGGCUUUCCAGCCGCCUCAUAAUCCACUGCUCAUGACACCACCUCAGCAGUUCAUGUCGCAGCUAGAUCGGCAAAUGGUUCUUAACUCCUAUGCCAGCUCGAAUCAGAACCUGGCGAACAUGAAUGGCUCGAUCCUCGACAGCGCCGGCACCAACCUCGACGACUUCGAUUGGAACGCAUUCGCCAAUAGCAGCAACAGCCAGAGUAAUAAUAAUGGCUUUUGGGGCGAUCCGUCGACAACAUGGUUCAUGCCUUUUAAUAUGGAUCCUCCAACCGUGAGCGAUGAUAACAAUCUCUUUACAGGGAACUUCGAUUGGUCGAACAAUUUUGCUGGGUUCGGAGAUAUGGUGGGAAUGCCGCCUACGGGCUUGACGCCACAGCCGACCAGCGAUGUUGUGACUGUCCAGGAUGUUGGGAUGGAUGGAAUGGAUCAUAUGCAAUGA